UAAAAGCUUCCGAGACCACGAGAGCGCUGCGGCUUCCUGUUAAGUCUUUGGGAGUUUGAGGCCAGCCGGGGAGACAGAGGAACCGCAGGGCCCUGCUGCGGCUCAGAGACCUCUUUCGUCCGUCCAUCUCUGGGCUUCGUCUGAGGCUCGGGGCCGGCCAGGAAAUCAGUGCGUCGCGGGACUCGGGCCUCAAACACUUCCGGCAUGCUAGGAUUAACUGCUGAGUCAUCGAGCCCGCGUAACUGAAUUACUUGCAUUUAGGAUCUCCCAGCUUGCACUCCCCGGUUGUCGAAUUAAGGGAAUCCUCUUCCCGAAGAUUGAUCCGUCAGGAUGAGCUGCAAGACCCCACCUGUACUCCAGGAGCUGGCAGAGGACAGCCUCCUGAAAAACCAGGCCUUGGCUGUCGCCGCUCUGGAUGACCUGCCCUCACUUUUCUUCCCGUCGCUGUUCAAAAAGGCCUGCAGACACAGACUGGUUGGGAUCAUCAAGGCGAUGGUGCAGGCUUGGCCCUUCCCCUGCCUUCCACUGGGGGCCAUGGUCAGUAGGAAGACUGCCUACCGGAGAAUCUUAGAGAUUGUCCUGUAUGGCUUCGAUGCUUUGCUUUUCCAGGAAGUUCCCCACAGGAGGUGCAAGCUGAAAGUGCUGGAUUUACGGGUCAUGCCUUUGAAGCUGUGGAACAGGUUGCCCGUGUUCGGGACUGCUGGCUGUAGUGAGAAUCCAGCAGUGCUGGGCCAUUCAGGAACACGGGUGAAACAGCCAGUGAAGGUGCUGGUAGACAUGGUCCUCAAGGAGAGCCCGCUAGAUUCCACGGAGGCCUUCCUCGUUCAAUGGGUAGACAGCAGGAGUGGUUUGGUGAAGCUGUGCUGUUGCAAGCUGCAGAUCUGGGCAAUGUCCAUUUACUACCAUCGGAAACUCUUGGAGAUCUUGGAUCUGGACUCUAUCCAGGAGCUGCGUGUAUACUGCAUCAGCAAUCCCGUCUGCCUGCUAAACUUCGCCCCUUACCUGGGCCGCAUGAGGAACCUGCGCUGUCUCAUUCUCUCUCACCUCUGGCAGGCCUUCUCCAUGACUCCAGUGGAGAAGCAGCAGGUCAUCACCCAGUUCACCUCUCAGUUCCUUAAACUGAAAUGCCUCCAGAUCCUGCAUCUGGACACUGUCUUCUUCCUAGAGGGCCAUCUGGAUGAGCUAUUCUGGUGGCUAAAGACACCCUUAGAGACCCUGUCAGUGAUUGAUUGUAAUCUCUCAAAAUCAGACUGGAUCCAUAUAUCCGAGUUCCAGUGCACAAGUCAGCUAAAACACCUGAAUUUGAAAUGGGUCAAACUCACCCAUUUGAGCCCAGAGCCCCUGAGAAUUCUGUUACUGAAAUCUGCAUCUACCCUGAUUUCCCUGGAUUUGGAGGGCUGUCAAAUGAUGGACUCCCAGCUCAGUGCCAUCCUACCUGCCCUGAGAUGCUGUACACAGCUCACCAAGUUUAAUUUCCACGGGAACUACAUCUCCAUGCCUAUCCUGAGGGAACUGGCACAUAACGUCGUCAAGCAGAAAUCCCACCCGUCAAAGAUCCACUUUAUCCCAAGCUGUGAUCAUCACAGUGGUCUGGACUUCGAAGUCAUUUCUCAGCCUCAUAUUGUGUUUGUAGAUGUGGAGAGGACUACUGGGCAGCAAGAACAGGUCUUGUUUUAUGCUGUCUGCUCUGGAGAAUAUGUGUUGUGAUGUCCCUCUGAUGGGUUGGGACUUGUUGGGCAUCUCUAAUGAGAUGCAGAUUGAUGCUCUCCUGUGGACACUGGGAGGUGGAGGGCAAUACACAGGUGCCAUCUGGUCAGAGUAUGUCCAACACAUGGUUUUACACUGUUGUUCUUCUGAGUGGUAGGGAAAUUGAUGCUAGAGUGCAAAAAAGUGAGAGUGUUUGACAUAGGGAGUGUGAGACAUCGACAGACAUCAUGGGUUCUGGUUGGGCAGGUGCAAAAGGGCAUUCCUCCAGCCUGGUGGUUUUCGGAUUUUAUGGUGGAAAACGGGACUGGCCCACUUGGAUGAUUUGAGUCCUGUGACUGCUGGAAACAAACUUGAACUCCUGGUUCUUCUGCUCUUGGCUUCUGCGUGCUGAGCUUAGACUCAAAACCCCAUACCUGGUUCCUUACAGCUCCUUUAACAUCGUGGCUGUGCAUAGGUUUUCUAGUCCAACACUAACAUUGAGUAGCAGUUUUUGUGGGACUAGAGAGAUGGACUUAGCAGUUGAGAACACUUGAUGCUUUUUGUAGAGAACCUGGGUUUGAUUGAUUCCCCAGAUCCACAUGGUGGCUCAGCCAACCAGAACUACUCACAGGGCACACGAGGCAUGAGUGUGGUGCAUUAGUCUUGCGUAUACGUGAAACACUCAGGCAUGUACAUCUGAAAUAAUUUAAAUACUGGUUUGUAUUGCUGACACCGAAUGUCUUGGGUCAGCCAGCACCCAGCAUUACUGUGACAGACACUGUUAAGUCAUAUAUUUAUACUCAUAAAAUGCCACUUAUGAGCUUAGGAAAUUGAACCAGGAAUGUGUGGACAAGUGGACAAACUCUAGCAGAAAAAAAAGAAACCAAGCUUUUAUGACAAUAUUAGACACCCUAGACCACUGUUGGAUGCAGUUCCCAUCCUGAUUCAUCUAAAGAGGGACAUCAGGUACUGGGGCCAUGAUAAUGUGUGUUCUCAGGCUGGGUUGAUACAAGCUCUGACUCUGUCCCUAGGCUGCAACAUGACAUCCCCCACUGCUGGGCCUCUUUAAUUGUUUUGUGGUUAGUGUGUUGUCUCUCCAAAUGAGGCUGUGGUUAAACCUCAGGUGGUGUGUAUCAUGCUCACUCCUUCCCUUGACAAGACUUUCAUGGAACCAGAAGCUUGAUGGUUCACCUAGACCUAGACCUGUUAGCCAGAGGGCUCCCAUGGGUCUGCCGGUCUCUGCUGGAGCUGCAGGCUCAUGCCUCUGUGACUGACCUUUCUUAUUUCUUUUUUCUUUUCUUUCUUUUUUCUUCUUUUUGAGACAGGGUCUCCAUACAGACCUGUUAGAGAACUCAUUAGACCAGACGGGCCUCAGUCAAAAAUUCCACCUUGAUUACAGUUGUACGCCCUGUGCCGGGCUAGUGUCCCUGUUUAAUUUAGUGGGUGGAAUUGGCCUUACAUGUUGACCCAUCCCUACCUCCUGAUUGUUAGGAUUAUGAGUGUAAAUGCCACACGUGGUUUUAUGCUUUUUCUGGGGAUUGGACCGAAAGCUUUUCAUUAUACAGCAUCUGUUCACAUGUCCAGUGGUGCCUGUGUGGGGGUCAGGACAAUUUGUAUGAGUUGGAACUCCUACCAUGUGGGGCUUGGGAGUUGAAUUGACAUGACAGCCAUCUCUGUGGUCUGAACCUAUAGCGUCUUGCUUGCAAACGUUCUGCACCCUGAGCUACAUCCACAGCCUGUCCCUUUAAUCCCCCCCCCACUCCCACCCAGGAAUUUGUUGUGUAACCAGGCCAGUCUCAACUCACGGAGAUCCAUGGCCUGCCUCUGCUUCCCAGUGCUGGGAUGAAAGGCCCGCCCAUCUAAGCCUGGCAUCGCCAAUUCUUUCUUCUUGUCCUGGUUGGUUUUUGUUUUUGUUUUUUGUUUUUUGUUUUUUUUUUUGCCUCCAUAUCAUUUCCUGUAGUGCAAUGCAUGGUUAAGAUUGGAAAGAAAGCUUGAAUUGUUAGUGGCUGUGAUUCGCAAGUGAAAUUACAGUAUUUAGUGGAUUAUACACAUCAAAGUUGGUGUAGCCUGUUGAUUUGUUCAAUAAAUUCUGAUGUUAUCUAAA